AGUCUCGGCACGUCAAAAAAGCGGCACCGUGCCGAGUUUUUAGCUAUAUCAGCAAAAUGAGCAAUAAUAAGCGCGAAAAGGAAAUGGCGGGAAUUAAAAUAAACAAAGAUGGCGGCGACACCAAGAUGCAUGAAAUGGAGUGAUGAAAAAACAAGAAGUCUAAUAACUCUUUGGUGCGACGAAAAUAUACAAAUUGCAUUGGGUAAUUCAAAAGGAUCCAAAGAUAAAAGCAAGGUUUACAAGUCCUUACUGGAGCAAUUACAAGAAAGAGGCUAUGAAGAUAUUACACUAAAAGAAGUAAUUAAUAAAAUUAAGAAAUUGAAGCAAAAAUAUAAAAGUGAAAAAGACAAUGCUAAGAAGAGUGGGAAUGGGAGAAAAAAGCCAUGGAAAUACUUUCAACAGUUGGAUAGAUUUUUAUCCCAAAGACCUAAUGUGACUCCAGUGGUUUUACUUGACAUCAUGGCUGAGGCUGAUAGUCAAAAAAAUAGUCAGUCGGACAUGUUGAGAGAUGAUGUUGAUGAUGAAAAUGAUGACAUCAUUAAUGAUAUUGUCAGUAAGUAUGGUAGAGGUGAUAAAUCCAUCAAAAGAUUAUGAUGAUUAUGAAAAGACAUGUGAUUAUGAAAAAGUUAUAUAUAGUGAUGGAGCACACACAACAGAGAAUGGAUGUAUGAUGGUAUACUUUGAAGAAGAACCAUUUUCUUGCCCAAAUUGUGACAGUUCAAAUGAAACAGUUAAUGUGGAAGUAAAUCAACAGACUGUAGCUGAGAAUCGAGCUAUUGAAUAUGAUAAAGGGAAUGACAAACCAAAGCCAGACUUAGGAGAAAAGAGUCUUGGAAACACUUACAAACUAGGAAAGAAACAAAAGAAAAAAAGGAGUUCUAUUGAAAAGAGCAUGGAUGCUGUCCUGGAACAAUUCAGGGCAAUGUCAAAUGAUGAUUUUGAAAGGUAUAAAAAGCUUGAAGAAUUUAAAUUGGAAAAAUCCGAAUCAACCAUAUCAAACCAACCAAGUGAUCGUGGGUUCAUCCAUAAUGCCUCGUUCGACGACUGUUAAUAGCUAUC